GCUCAGUCAGGUAGACUCAUGUUAGGGUUCAACGACACUCUAAGGACAGGUCGCAUACAAGUUCAUUUAGUGUAUUACAUUUAUAUUUUUUCAAAUGUUAACACCACAUGCUAACAUCUUCAAAAUCCAUUCUUUGGGAACUUCACAUGAAUUAAUGUAAUAAGACAAAACUGCAAAGUAUGGUGCACAUGGGAAAAUCUGUGCAUAUUUCUUAUAAAGGAAGCUUUUUAACACACGUGACAAAACUGACCAUCUAACUAUAUAUCUUUGGUAAAAGCUGAGUUUGGUCCAAACAGGAGUACGUGAACUCCGGGUUGUUCAAACAGCAGUGAUUACUACAGAGGAGGUUGUUACUCAUUAGACAGGGCAGAGCGUUCUGUAUAAGAAGGUGGAUGACUCCAGUCACAUCCUCCACAUUGUGUUAAGAUUCACACAGUUGUCUUCAGCCUCCAGCCCAGUAGGAUCUUCUAGAAAACAUGGACUUCAAUGGAACAUGGCAGGUGUACUCCCAGGAGAACUACGAGGCGUUCCUCAGGGCCUUGGAUCUCUCAGAAGAUGUUAUCAAGAUGGCCAAGGACAUCAAGCCGGUCACUGAGAUCAAACAAACUGGUAAUGACUUUGUUGUCACCUCCAAGACCCCUGGGAAGUCUGUGACCAACUCCUUUACCAUCGGCAAGGAGGCUGAUAUCAACACCAUGGACGGCAGGAAGCUCAAGUGCACUGUCAAGAUAGAGGGAAGCAAAAUGGUCUGCAACAUGGGCAAGUCCUUGCACAUCUCUGAGCUCCAAGGAGGAGAGUUGAUUGAGACUCUGACCAUGGGCUCAACAACUCUCAUCAGGAAGAGCAAAAAAAUGUAAACCUUGCAGUGAAGAAACACAUGUCUAUUUAAAUAAAAUUGUUGCUUAAUAAUUGUGGUUUGCAUCGUCUUGUUUGAGAAAAUGUCUCUCUUUGAAAAGGCUUAUCCCAACAUUCAGUGUUGUAAAGUUACUAAGUAGAUUUUGAGGUAAUUGUACUUUACUUGGGCCUUUUUUUUGCUACUUUGUCAUUCUUCUCCACUGCAAUUCAGAGGUUAAUCGUGUAAUGUUACUCCACUGCAUUUAUUAAAUACCUUUAAUUACUUUGCAGAUUUGGAUUAAUGAUGUGAAAUAUAAUCAACACUUAAAUAAGGCUUUGGUUACACCUGGAGUAAUAUUCACUAUAGCUACACUGCAGUAUACAAAGUUAUUAAAACAUGCUCCACCUUUACCAACUUUGAUAAAACUUGAAUGCAAAUCACAUGAUACGUAUAUAUUAUUCUGGAAUGAGCCACUCU